GUCAAUUCUAGCCCUAUUAGCAUAAAAAAUAGCUUAUUAUUUGAUAUCGCUGGAUAGCGGUUAGCGACACAUUCAAUUUGAUCUUCUAUUCCACAUUUUCGGUGCCCAUUACUAAAUCGCUGUUAAUCACUUAUAGUGAAAGCAUAAAACUAAUCCAUGUAACAAAUACUAUUCCAUCGCAUAAGCUCCUGGUACUAUUUCCUAUUUUUGUGCAAUUCACUGAUUGAUAUUAUUCGCUGCCGUUGCCGUCGAAGAAGUUUCGUUCGUCUUAUGAAUUCCUAGUACCAAUUUUAUAAAUUUUUGAUAACAUUCAUCGACCUAUUAUUAUUAAUUCUGUAAGUUAAGUUGCCUACACACAACUCGGUAUUUCAUUAGAAUGCACAGUAAAUUAAUAUGGAACAAAUUAAAGAUUUUUGUACUAACAAAGGAUCAAUAUUAUCUGAAUUUUAAUAAGGAAGAACGUAGUGAAUCUUGUUCAAGAAAUUUUAACAACCUGAAACAUUCGUCCACAUCCAGUAAAUCUGAAUCAUCCAACGAUAGUAAACGUUCAGAUGAAACAAUUUAUCUGCUUACAAGCAUAUCCGGUCAAGAAAAUUCUGUAACGGCAUCAGAUUGGGAAGAUAAAAGAUUGGCUUAUGAUUUGGGAUACAACAUGCAUGAUGAAUGGGCAAGUAAAGUCUAUUAUUGGCUGAAAGAUAUAGUACUGAAAGCCGAAAUGAGUGGAAACUCUUUUAAUGGAAAAAAUUUAAACCAAAAAUCUGGUUUAAAAAGUUUUAUACUUUUGUUGAAUAUCAGUAACAUUGGUGUUCUACAACCCAAUUCAAUAAAUGCUAUAAGUGGCACAACCAGAGAGGGUUAAUAGUUAUAAGUUAUAAUUAAUUAAUUGGACAUAUUAUAAUUUAAAUGGUAUAUUCGUAUUUAAUAAGCUAGUGUCAACCAUUUAAAGUAGUAUCAGGAAAUUAUAUCUUUCUCAAAUUUUUA